CUCCUUCUCAUUCCUCUCUCUCUCUCUCUCUCUCUCUCUCUCCCUCUUUUUCUGGAUUCUCAUACACAUUUCUUGGAUCUGUGGAACCGAAUCACUCUGCAAAACUUGUCUCUCUUUCCCAUGAUUAUGUCUCUAUUUAUCCAAUAGAAGAAUUCGAAACAAGUUUGUUUUUAGAAUGCAGAGUUUUAGCUCACUCAAGCAAGAAUUUCUAAAGAAUUGGAUAAAGGGUCUCCAAAUAUGCGGCUCAUCAAAGAAGAAGAUGGAUCUAAUGGAGAAAAAAGAUGCUAUAAAAUUUUCAGCGGACCUGGCCAUGGCUUCUGCAAGAAAAAGCAAGACUUGUUGGAGCCGAGCCAUCAUUGCUAAAGCCACGGAACCAAAUAAUACUAACAAAAGCCUCGCGGAGCAGAUACUGGGUCCUGAUGAGCGUGAGAAAAUGUUGCAGAAAACUAGUUGGAAACAAUCGGUGGCUGCGGCGACGAGGUGUUAUAGCAGCUGCAGCUGGUUGGUUCGGAGCAAGAAGAUAGUGAAACGGAGCCGCCGUAAUGUCCGAAGAGCAUUGAUGAGAAGAAAUAAUGGAGCUCGGACAGUGGUCAUGGCGGAUUCGAUAGCGAAGAGAUUGGUGGAGAAGAGAACUAAGAAGCUUAAGAGUCUUGUACCUGGAGGCGAAUUCAUUAUGGAUGAGGUAUCUUUGAUCGAAGAAACGCUAGAUUACUUAGUAGCUUUGAGAGCUCAGGUUGAUGUAAUGCGGUUGUCUUAUACCUGUGCCGCUGGUCUCGUAAAUGGCAAGUAAGAUCAAAUGGUGGUUUUAGUUACGAGUAUUUUUAUUUAUUUAUUUAUUUAUUUUGGUUUUUUUGUUUUUAAAUUAUUCCUCUUUGGAAGACUAGAAUAUAUGAAGACAAAAAAGAGAGAAAAAUGAAGCUGGUAUAGUUAAAUGCAAUGUACAGAUGAACGACAUAAUAAUAUCAGUAAGUGAUCAAAUAUAAUAUAUAAAAGCUUUUGUUUA